AACAAUCAUUAAUGUGUCAUAGUAUCACUCACCCAACUUCGUCCCUCCUCUCCACAUCUCUCCUAUAUUCGUUUCUUUUUCUUCUUUUGCUUUGCUUUUCUCAUAAGAGAGGAAACUAGAAGAUUAUGGGCGUCAUGGACCAUAUAGUAAACUUUUUUACAAUCACAACCAAUACAAACAACAAGAAGAAAUCAAUGCAGACGGUUGAAAUAAAAGUGAAAAUGGACUGUGAUGGAUGUGAAAGAAGAGUCAAGAAUUCUGUUAAGUAUAUGAAAGGUGUAAAAACAGUGGAAGUAAACAGAAAGCAAAGCAAAGUGACAGUUAAUGGAUAUGUUGAUCCAAACAGAGUAUUGAACAGAAUAAAGAGUACAGGAAAAAGAGCAGAAUUUUGGCCAUAUGUACCUUAUAAUGUGGUAUAUUAUCCUCAUGCACCUCAGGCCUAUGAUAAAAGAGCACCUGCUGGUAUGGUUAAAAAUGUACCACAAGCACAACUUCCCCCUAAUGCUACUGAAGAAGAAAAAUUUGCUUACCUCUUCAGUGAUGACAAUCCAAGUGCUUGUUCCAUUAUGUGAAAAAGUAAUAGCGUUACGCACGGAGGCAGAUUCACAAUUUGAAGUUUGGGAUUUCUAUAACAACUUCAAGUUAAUACUACAGCAAUAACUGAAAUUCAGAGUUAAAUAUUUAUAGAUAUUCAGUGAGUUUCUUACUAUAAAUACAGGCGUAUGAGCACCUUCAACGGGUAAAUCCCUAAGAAGGGCGAGUGCUUUAAAGCAAAAA